CCAAGCAUGGGCUCAGAGGGGCGAAUGUACCACUCUUUCAAUUGAGUUGGUAUCUGGACUAUCUUUAGCACCUCACCUGGGGGAGGGAUCACCACAUCAAAACUCAGGCUGACCACCACAGAGGAAUUCACCACUCUGGACAACAAAAAGGCAGAAAUUCAUCUCGAGACACAAGAGAAUUUAACCUUGGAUUUUGGAUUACAGAAGCAUUUUUGGAGAGCCCUUCUUAGCAAAAUAUAAAAAAUUAGUUUCCAUCUUCAGAACCAGAGAUCUUCUUUGUAUUCUUGUAGUGUAACGCUUCUCUUCUGCCAUCAUGGUGUGGGCUAAAAUGAAGUUCCCCUUUGAAAAAAGGGUGAAGCUAGCUCAGAGUUUGUGGCUGAUCUCCUGGCUGGCCACUUUAGGUGGAGCGAUCACCUUCUGUCUUGGAUGCUUCUUGAAGACAGAACUACGCCGGAGGGCAGAGGUGAUGGACAACACAGAGAUCCACAUUGUCCCAAACACCCUCCUUGUGGCUGGACUGGCCUCUAUGGGAAUCAACUUUUUUGCGGGUCGGAUCUGCCAGGACGCCCUGGAUGCUAGCCGCUUCCCACGGUGGAAGACCUUCCUAAAGCCCUACUUCUGUUGUGCUAUCUUUUUUACCACCCUACUGCUGAUUGGAGUCAUCCUAAGUUACGCCAUGAAGGGCAGCCUGGAGGGCUCGCUGAAAGUUGGCCUCAAGAAUGGCAUCCGUUUCUACAAGGACACGGACACCCCAGGGCGCUGCUUCCAGAAGCAGACUAUCGACCGCCUGCAGAUGGAGUUCCGGUGCUGCGGUAACAACGACUACAAAGACUGGUUCGAGAUCCAGUGGAUCAGUAACCGCUACCUGGACUUCAGCUCCAAGGAGGUUAAGGAUCGUAUCAAGAGUAAUGUGGAUGGGCGUUACCUGGUGGAUGGUGUGCCCUUCAGCUGUUGUAACCCAAGUUCCCCUAGACCCUGCAUCCAGUACAAAUUGACCAACAACUCUGCCCACUACAACUAUGAGCACCAAACUGAGGAGCUCAACAUCUUCAUUCGCGGCUGCAGGGAAGCUCUGGUUGGCUACUACAUGGGCCUGAUGAACAGCAUUGGUGCUGUAGUGCUGACUGUCUUUAUCCUUCAGAGUACAGUGGUUGCAUGCCUGAGAUAUCUGCAGACAUCCAUGGAAGCAGUGGUUGGGCAGGAGAACACGGAGGUGGAAACGGAGGGCUACCUGCUGGAGAAGAGCGUGUCAGAGACCAUUAUGGAGUACCUGGACCCUGUGAUGAAGCUCCUGCUGAUAAACCAGGUGGAAGAUGGGCAGGCGAAGGCAGAGGCAGGGGCUGCUGGCACAUCAGGCACAACAACUUCCAAGUCCUAAACAGCCACAGCUAUCUGAUUCAAUGAAAUGAAUGACCCAGUACAACCAGUACUUGGCAAAGAUAUCUAUUAUCAUUUCUAGCAAAGAAUCUCGUAUGAAACUACUAUAUGUAUGUAACUACUAUGUAAAUAAUUUACCUAAUUCACCAAACAAUACAUUAUCUUCAAAAUAUUUUAACAUCAAACCAUGCAAAGUCUCAAAUGUCAAUCAUAUCUGUUCAUUGGUAAUGGACUGUAUAUUAUAUUAAUUGGUUCAUCGUGUGGAGAUAAGAAAAUUUGUGAGAACAUCUAAGUCUCUACGAGCCAUGAUGCAAUCGAUAACAUCGGCUGUCGAUAACAUAGCUUAUCUGAAGGUACUAAAGGUUAAGUAUUAUUUCCAGGACACAGUUUUAUUAUAGAACAUUUCUCUUGUUAUUUGAUCGUGCCCAGUUUGUAUAUAAAAUAGAUUACCCUUUAGCAAGCACAUCUCAAAAUUUAGCAUGUUGUUUUUUAGUUCAAUAUAAGAAUACAAGUGCAGCUUGUUUUAUUUGAUAGCUGCCAAAUUUAUGGAAAACUGGAAACGUUAUAAAUAUUAUUGUACACUGUGCAAGCAGAUAAUAGCAUUUUAAAUGUAAAAAGCAAUGCUCAGUGCUCAGCUAAGCAAAAUCCAGAACAGUCAGACGUAAUAAAAACCAUGCUUUAAUUGCAUCGUUGUGUAGUGCGCUUUUAUGUGAAUAGAUACGUGCUGAAAUAUC